AUGGGCGGACCAAACUUCGGUCCCGACACAAAGGGCAGCGAGGUCAUUGAUGCCUUCCCACACAGCGUCCAAAAGAAAACAUUCAUCCUAACCGGCAUGGGCACUUCCGACCUCUCCACCACAACUGCCGAAACCCUCGCCUCCGGCGACGCCGCAGCGCUAAUCCUCAUCGGCUCCUCCAACCGCGCUAUCCAACCCGUCUACGAAACAAUAAACACCAAAUACCCUCGCGUCAAAGUAAUCUUCAUAACAGCCGACAUGAGCAGGCUCUCCUCCGUGCGCGGCGCCGCGGAUGUUAUCCGGAAACUGGAGGUCACGUUGGACGGCAUUAUAUGUUUUCCGACGGUUAUAGCGGGGGAGUGGGCUGUUACGGGGGAUGGGGUGGAGAGGCAUUUUGGGGUUAAUUAUUUGAGUCAUUUUGUGCUUGUUAAUCGGUUGAGGGGGGUUAUGCCGGAUGACGGAAGGGUUGUUGUUGUGGGGAGUAGUAUUAGGCCUGAUGCAGGGGCGUGGGGGUUUGAGGAUGUUAAUUUUGAUAAUGGGAAAACGUAUCAUCCGUUAGAUGGGUAUGCGCAGUCGACGUUUGCCAAUGUGCAGUUUGUCAAGUGUCUGGCGAGCCCUGAUGAGGGUCGAUCAAUGAUUGCGUUUUGUGUUAAUCCUGGGAACACCAAAACGAAUCUCCAUACAUCAGUCUCACCAGAGCAAGUUGCUUCAUGGCUCCAACGGAAAAAGGAGGUCAAAGAAGAUCUCCCCCUCCUGUUACAACAAGCACCGAAGUCCCUCUCGCAGGGCUGCGCGACUGUUUUAAGAGCGCUACUAGAUCCAGGUCUUAAGAGCCAAUCCGGCGCAUUCUUGGACAACUGCCAAGUUAGAUCUCUGCCGAAAAUUGAUUUUCCGGCUGGGGAGGAGAGUUCGAGGCAAUUGUGGAGGAAAAGUAGGGAGUUGGCGAAGGAGGAUUGUAAUAGCUUUGCUUGA